AUGAUCGUCGAAUCCACCACUGAACCGCAACAACCUCCUCCUACAACCGCCUCAGUCCAACAAGCCUCACCUGCUCCGCUUGGUCCGGCUCUUGGUCCAGUUGCUGGCCCAGCUGCUGGUCCCUCGCCUAUGCCAGAACCUCAGCCUCCAUCAAACUUGGCUGAAGACGAUGAUGCCUCUGCUCCGCCAUCACCCUACACGGCCAAUCGUCUCAUGCUCCGGAACCUCACCAUGCCGCCAGUUCCCAACUUUCAAAUACCACCAUCACCACCUGGUUCACCACCACCAGACACGACAACCAAGUUCGCAAGAUUUCUCGACCUGAAGAAGAAAGGAACCCAUUUUAACCAACGACUAUACCACUCCUCUGCUUUGCGCAACCCUGGUCUCUUGCCCAAACUACUCGACUUUGCCGGUAUCAGUCAAGAAGACCAGUAUGCAACACCAUGGUCACAGGGUGCGGUUGCGACAAAAUUCCCUGAUUGGGCCUAUGCCGACAAGUUGGUCGCAGCCCAUGAGAAGAUUGCAAGGAAAAAGGAACAAGACAGGGCCAAGAAUCCAAGAGAGGCCGUCGAUUUCGUGCCAGCAAAACAGGAAGCGCCUGCUUCAACAUCCGGAAGAGUGGAGAGAAAAACACAAGGCAGAAGAGGUCUCGGCUUCGACGAGAGACGAAGAUCUCGUUCUCCUAGAUGA